AUGUCAGCAAUAGAAAAUGAGCUCCUCGAGAUAGAACAGCAGCUCCAAAGCUCUGGGCUGCCAUCAAAGCUCCACGACAUUUCGGUUGAUCAUUGCGUGCUUUUGCGUCGACAAACCGCUGGUGAUCUCGUCAGCGCAACUAAGACUGAUGCGACUGCUUCUCACACGAGAGGCCGCUACAACAUCAAGCUAGAAGCCACGGAGAACGGCGUAUGGGUACACAUUGGGCAUGCCAAAGCCGUCUUUUUGAACAACUACUUUGCGCACAAUGCUUUUUCUGGAUGCCUUAUUUUACGUUUUGAUGAUACCAAUCCCACAAGAGAGAACCAGGAAUUCGAGGACUCUAUUCUUCACGACCUAGGUCUACUAGGCAUCAAAACACAGCGAGUGACAUACACUAGUGAUUACUUUGAGAAGCUUUACGACUUAUGCUGUCAACUUAUUUCUGAUGGAAACAAUUAUGCUGAGGAUGCAGACAUCAAAAUACAAAAAGACAACCGUCGUGAUCGCCUCCCCAGUAAGCGACGGGAUCGUCCCGCGAGCGAGAGUCUCGCCAUCUUCAAAGAGAUGAGGGAGGGAACGGAGUUUGGCAAAAGACACUAUAUCCGAGCACGUAUCGCCUUUAACAGUUCCAACGCUUCAAUGCGUGACCCAGUCAUCUACCGCUUUCCCAGCUGGGACCUCGAGGAAGGGCCACAGCCGCAUCACAGAACCGGCUGGUCUUGGAACAUUUAUCCCACAUAUGACUUUGCCUGUCCUCUGGUUGACUCUAUCGAGGGCGUGGGUCACGCCCUCCGCACGACCGAGUCGAUGACCGUAACGAGCAGUACCACUGGUUUUGAAGUGCUCUCAAGUUACGGCAGAAAGCUGGCAAAAGUCGUUGACUCUGGGAGGGUGGAUGGCUGGGAUGAUCCUCGAAUGCCCACUAUCCGGGGCAUCCUCCGUCGCGGUCUUACUUUAGAAGCGCUACGCGAGUUUAUGCUAAAGCAGGGCCCGAGCCGAAACGUUGUUUCCAUGGACUUGACCACCCUUUUGGCGAUGAACAAGAAGAUUAUUGAUCCAAUCGCACCAAGACACACUGCUGUGGAAUCUGUGGGUUCCGUCUUAGCUGCUGUGAAUCCUAGUCUAGGAACGAAGGAUGUAACAUUUGCAAACCAAAUUUACAUCGAGCAGGCAGAUGCGGCGUCAUUCCAAGAGGGUGAGGAGAUUACACUUAUGAGCUGGGGUAAUGCUAUUGUUCGACAAGUCACAAGGUCCGAUGACCAGACUGUGACCGGGUUACAAAUUGAGCUCCAUCUCGAUGGUGACGCGAGAAAAACCGACAAGAAAGUGCACUGGCUAGCUGCUCAUGGUACCAAAAUCGCUGGUGCGGAGCUUUGGGAGUUUGACCAUCUCUUAACUAAAGAUAGUCUUGUAAAGUGUGAUGAGCUGGAGCGCUAUCUAAACCCCGUCACGUCCCGGUCGACAGAUGCGUUGGUAGGUUCUGAGUUUAGUGGGCUCCUGGAAGGGGAUAUUAUUCCGAUUGAGUGGAAAGGGUACUUUCGCAUGGAUAAGCCCAUUGGUCAAGGACCUAGUGGCAAGGCGGUAUUGUUUAAGAUUCCAACAGGCAAUAGCAAGGGAUAA